GCACCGGGGCGGCAGGGCGCAGGGGGGAGAGAGAGAAGCGACGAGUUUCGAGUGGACGCGGCGGGGCGCCGCCACUGCACGAAUCCCCAUGAUCUCAUCAAUGCCCUCGUUGAACUCCACCUCCGACCAAAAUACCCACUAGAAUAAUCCGACCCAAUCUCCCCCGUCGGCCCGUAGGAUCCCUUGGCCCUCUUGCGCGCGCCUCCCUCGGAUGAGUCCCCAUCCGCCGCGAGACCAGGAUCGUGACGCGCGUGCGGGGCACAUGGUGGUGCCUGGUGGCAGCGGCGGUGUUGCCAUGACCCAUUCACCCCCUUCCCUUUGAACCCAUCUGCUUCGCUUUUAUUGGUAGAUGUGUUUUAUGGUCAGACCGUCCAUGGAGAUUCUUGGAUUCACUGUUAUGGGUGGCGGCUCGCCGGCGUGGAUCGAGGUGCCGGAGAAGAGCAAGAGCGCGUUCUGGGAGCUGAUGAGGAGGAAGGUGCACCGGUACGUGAUAUUCAAGAUCGACGACAGGAGGGAGGAGAUCGUCGUCGAGAAGACCGGCGCGCCGUGGGAGAGCUACGACGACUUCACGGCCUCGCUUCCGGCCGACGCCGUCUACGAUCUGGAUUUCGUCAGCGAUGACAACUGCAGGAAGAGCAAGAUAUUCUUCAUCUCCUGGUCCCCUUCCCUUUCCUGCAUCCGAGCCAAGACCAUAUACGCUGUGUGGAGGAACCAAUUCCGGCAUGAGCUUGACGGUGUUCACUUUGAGAUUCAGGCCACGGACCCUGAUGACAUGGAUUUGGAAGUUCUAAGGGGCCGAGCUAAUAGAACCUGAUAGAGGUUGACUUCGAUAGUUUGUUAGCCUUCUUUUGCAUAACUUGAAUAUGUAGCUCGCUGCUGAAAAUGCAGCUCGGGUGCACUGAUGUGAGGCAUGAAUGCAUGAUGUAUAAGCAGGCUGCUGAUCACACCCCAGCAUUUGCAGUUUUUACCUUUUUUUUUUUUUACUGAGAUAGCAUCUUUCUGAUAUCUCUAUCUAAUUAUAUAUUUUACACUCUAAUAUGAUGUGGAAACUGUGCCUUGUUAUAUCUAAAUCUGUAAUAUACUGUCUGUCUUUCUGCUGUUUUUUUUUGAGGAAAAACCUCAGAAGAGGUCAGGGAGAGCCUGUUUUCAUUAAAGAAGAAGAGACUUGACCCAGGUUUUGAGGGGAAACCGGGCCCAAAAACCUUACAUAAGCACGGUUUAAAGGGGAAACCGGGCAAAACCCACAAGGAGAACAAAGAAAAAACUUGCGACGGCACAACUGGAGGAGAACAUAGCUCAUCAAAGCCAAAAACUCCGACUUCCUAUGAACAGACCACAGACAACGUAGAGCAGGGUCUUCAAGACGAAGCCUCCAAGGAGGAAACAGAGCGUCGAAACGCAAGCAACGUCCGUCCGAAAAUCGGAACAGGGUUUUCACCCGAAGAAAACGGGUAGAGCAAAGAACGAUGCCUUCAACAAGGAAAACGGCGCCCACAGGCGUCGCCAUCGUUGCCUCUAUCCUAAGAACGAGCAGGACAAAACGCCCCGGCUCGCUCUCCCUGCCAACUACGACACCCCUGGCUUCCACAACGCUACCAAGGAAAGCGGGAGAGGGUUAUCGUUGCCGAGCUUGUCACCUACAAGCAGCUCCGACUCCCCCCAACACACCUACCCAAAGACACGCCAGGAAGCCAACAGCACAGCCACCCCAACGAAGCUACCAAAAAGAAGGGGCAAGGGGGUUAUCGUUGCCCAGCUUGCCACACCCGGCCAAGCAGCUCCGACUCCACCCCAAACACCAUCGACAGGUUGCGUCGUAGGGAUUUCAUGCACCAACUCCACCAAACCAAACACCUCGCAGACGCAAGAGAAGCUAGGCACAUGCAGUGCUGAGGCUCUCGAACUCCAAGCAAAUCUGCCAACCCAGCUAGCAAC